AUCGACGAGGGGUACGGCCGUGACGAUCGAUCUUGCGCGCACAAUGUAUCCGGCAGAGAAGGAGAACCGGCCAAGGACACGCAGGACACAAAGGGGGAGCUGCUGCCACUGUCACCCUCGCCGGCCACGCCUUCCCAUAUCCACGGUGUCGACCAAUCGGCGGCCGAGCUCCUCCUCUCGACCAGCGUUUUUGCCCUACGGAACACAACGAUGCACCCAGGGUCGCACAGUCGAUGCGUUCAAGUGGCUCGUCGACGACUCAUCGAGUGUCCGGGGUCGUAUCUAUCGUGCGUGUGUCCUGUUAACCGAAGUCUUAAGUCCGUCUGCUCAGAGUGUGUGUCUGUUCGGUCGUUCGAGUGCGCGGUCUUGACACAAAAUAGUACUAUAUAAUUCCCACGUCGCGGUUUUGCCCUUGUCUAGCGGCGUCCGUGUAAACGUUUUGGCAAACGCCUGUCUGUAGACUUUCUUAUAAGACCAUGUCGGACAGCGAAAGCCCGAAACCGAUGGAAACGCAAUUCCACCAUCAUCACCAUCCGAGGAUACCGCCGUCGCUGUUGGCCUGGUGCCCGACACUAAUGCCGCCCUGGUGUUCGCUGUUGCCGGCCGCCUGGUGUAAUCCGGCCGCCCUUAGAUCGGCUUUCCCAGGACUUUUGGACAGCAUUAAGAUGCCUAGCAGUCAAACCCGUCCGUCAGGUUUUCACAUAUGCGACAUACUAGACUUAAACGACGGAAAGGUGAACUCUUCGGAAAACGCCAACACCACUCUGGGGUCGCACAUUAGCGCUCCAGACGUUCACACCAUCGGCAGCACGGGUUUUCAAUUUCCCAGCGUCUUGCAAUCUUCCACCGACCUGCUACACCAUUGGCCCACAUCUCUCACCGAACUCCGAGGAUUCGGUAUGAGCCACGGUACUCAACAGGCCAGUCCGGACAGCACAUCGCCCGGAGUCACCGACCUGACAGACACUUCGAGUACACCCAGCGGUCUGGCAGCCGAUACUUCUGUCAGCGUGGGAGGCCCGGGGUCGGGGAUCGGCGGUAAACAAGAACCGUCCGAGGCGGACGGCGAAGAAAUCAUGGAAGAUGACUUUGACGACGAGCCGGGCGCAGGAGGCGACCACGACCGUCCUGGGUCAGGCGGUGCCGGUCAUCCGUCCGACGGCGGUGCGGUGCACAAGAAACGCAAACGCCGAGUGCUCUUCAGCAAAGCUCAAACGUACGAGCUAGAACGCCGAUUUAGACAGCAGAGGUACUUGUCGGCUCCAGAACGAGAACACCUGGCUUCCAUCAUCCGGCUCACCCCGACACAGGUGAAAAUUUGGUUCCAAAACCACAGGUACAAGACGAAGCGAGCCCAACAAGAGAAGGGCAUGCACGUGGACCACCACGCUGCGGCCGCGGCUAACGCGCUUACCUCGCCAAGAAGGGUAGCAGUGCCCGUGUUGGUUAGAGACGGUAAACCUUGCUCCAACCAGCCGACGGGUCCAGGUAAGACCGAACAAAUGGUCAUGCCGUCGUACUCGCAUCCGUUAAUGCAUAGUCAGACGCCCAGGACUUGGUGGUAGUCAUUAGCACCUUGAUUUUCCUGAGCACCGUGUCGUGUUCUUCGUCCAGUGUCUUCCUACAACAGCAAAAUCCGGACUAGCAUAACGUUCGCCUGCAGUGACAAGAAUCAAGUCUAACCUACUUAAAUAUUACAUACAGUUCUGGGUAUCGUUAUGGGUUUCGACAGUGCAAUUUAUUAUCGCCAAUUGUAAAAAAAAAAUCAAUUUAACAUAGUUUUCAAAAUAAUUCACACCCAUAAUUUAGCGUUUAAAAAAUCAGAACCCUAUAAUUAUCGUAAGCCAGAUCUGUAGGUCGACAAAAUGUUCAACUGCAGUUUAGGACUUUUCAUUAAAAUUCACUUUACCUUCUUCCCGUUUCGUUUUUUAUCGUUUCUUUUCGAUAAUUUAUAAUACUAAAAACUAGAAUUAAGCGUAUAAUAAUUUCUAAAGAUAAAAAAAUAAUAUAUUGAUAUUAUAUAGUUACUCAUAUUUAAAACAAACAAAGCUUUAAAAAAUUGAAAAAAAAAAUUAACUACUUAUUAUUGAUAUUGUUUAUUAUUAUUAUUAUUAUUAUUAUUAUUUAUUAUUAUAUUAUUAAAUACUUUAAUAAGAGUUUAACGAAACAAAAGACUAGUCAUUUCGUGUAUUUUUAUUUGUUUAUAUUUUUAUUGUUAGCACGUUAUACGCGCCCACGUAGGUGUAUGUAAUUAUUGUAAUUUUAAGUUGUACAUAUUAUAUAGUACGCAUAAUAUAUAUUAUAUAAUACAAAAGGACGGUUGUUAAAUUAUAUUAAUUGAA